CUUAUACCCUUUUAUCAAACCCGCGCGCCAACAUAAUUCUUUACUGUUCCGAGCAACCCUUUUGGUUCUCAGCACAAGUGCGAAAGGUUCACGCUCUUGCUCAUUCGUGUAAUCCGUGGCUAUAAUGCGGAAAGACUUGGCUUGUAGGAGUGGGACCCAUGAACCUGUUACGUUAUCAGUGCUAUUCUGGUGGUUAUUGUGAAACUACGAUCUUUUCCUUCUUUUCUAGCUGCAAACAAAGCCGAACAGUCUACGUCGAUCGUUUUCCUUGUAUCUAGACUCCGUGUCCACGGUUGUUGCGUUCCGAAAAACGGACCCUGCGCAAUGCGAUUCCAUCUUACGUCCUCGUUGCUCGGAGAAUUUGUGCGACGCUUUGUCUCUCUUUAACACUGUCGCAUUUCCCAACUUUAACUCUGCAAUGAAAUUUGAAACAUGACUUGGCUCAUAUCGAUGUCUGACUUGCAUGUCGUGCGACUUCAGGGUUGUAUAUUUUUUGCAGAAAUUCGCUCUUGAUUAUUGUAUUUAUAAUAGUUAGGGUACAAAAAGAAGCUCGUCAAAAUGUUUGGGUUUAACAUGUUUCCCGACAUACCGAGGCAUUUUAAUACCCAAUACAAAUGUUUUUCCGUCUCUAUGAUCCCUGGGACCGAGCGGCAAGAUGUGGAACGCGGCGGAAAAAUCAUCAUGCCUCCUUCGGCACUUGACCAAUUGACGAGACUCAAUAUCGUUUAUCCAAUGCUUUUCAAACUAACUAACAAAAAAUCCAAUCGAAUUACACACUGCGGUGUUUUGGAGUUUGUCGCAGAUGAGGGGAAAGUGUAUUUGCCAUAUUGGAUGAUGCACAACCUUUUAUUGGAAGAGGGUGAAAUAUUGAAUAUUGAAAGCGUAAUGCUUCCAGUCGCUACAUUUUCGAGAUUCCAACCGCAGUCUGAAGACUUUUUAGACAUUACGAAUCCUGGAGCAGUCUUAGAAAAUGGUCUGAGAAGUUUUGCCUGUCUUACGACUGGGGAUAUUAUUGCAAUAAAGUAUAAUCAAAGGAUAUAUGAAAUGUGUGUAUUGGAGACAAGGCCUGGCCCAGCAGUCAGUAUUAUCGAAUGCGAUAUGAAUGUUGAAUUCGCGCCACCGGUCGGUUACAAAGAGCCAGAAAGAGUGAUAAAACCCCAAGAAGAAACAAUAGACCCCGUCGAUAUGAUGCCCGCUCCGCUAGGAUUCGUUGCCUUUAAAGGACAGGGCAAUAGAUUGGAUGGAAAGAAACGUAAAGAUUCUUCGCUGCCUGAACUAAGCUCUGGCAAACCAAUAUACGUCAGGGGAAUACCGGAUUAUGAUUAUAAAAUCGGAACGUUGAAAUUUUUACGGACUACAAAGCCGGUUAAUAAUAAAGAGAGUAAAGACGUAGACGAAUUCAAGGCGUUCACUGGUGAAGGUUUUUCUUUGCGAAAAUCGAGAAAAUAGCGUGUGAUAAUAAAGAGUGAGGAAAGGAAAAAUGAAAUUAUGACUGUGAAAUUUAUUUAUCUAUAUACUCCUAUUAAUUUUUGAAGAAACUGUUUAUAGAUAAAGUACCGUUUCUAUAACUUUUACUACAUCUGUAACUUGUAUAUAGUUUCGGACAUAGUACAGAAAGCAUGUGUAUUAUAAUUGGGUUUGCCAGAAGAAAACAAUUUUCGAAUUUCCACUCAUUACGUCCAUUAAAUCCGAUUUACACCAUUGAGUCCAUGUUUAAUAUGUUUAAUUUCUUAAUAAAAAUUAUCAGAAGUAGCUUAAAGAA